GGUAUUUCUGUUAGCUAGGCAUUUUCAUGUAGUGUUCAAAGAAAAUCAUAAAAUAAAAUGAUUGCUUAGUGAGUACUAAAAAUUAAAGGACCCCAGAAUGACUCUUUUCCAUCCUUCUUUGCAAAGGUUGGUUUUCUUUAGCCUGGAUCUUCCCCUAAUAGGAGAAUGGACUAGAUGACUCUUGGUUGAGAAUACCUCCACUUUUCAGGAGCUUCUGGGGUUUGAUUGCGUUUCCUGAAUACACUUUAUUUCUGUUAGCAUGACGUAUUUUUUUGAUGGUCUCAUCUUGGACAUGGGAUGUAAAAACCAUUUCAUACAAAAGUUCCAACCUCUGACUGGUUACUAAUACCAUCCGAUGCAUUCUUUAUUCAGUGGAGUUCUGUAAGUUGCACUACAUUAAUUGCUGGGUGGUUCUUCUGUCUUUAAGUGGACGAUUGAUUAAGCUGGAACAGGAUUCAGGAGUACAAGUUAAAUCAGCUCCUUAAGCUUAGUACAAAGCAUGUUAAAAUGUUUGUAGGUGGUUGGUUCAAUAGUAUACCAAUAUAUUUAAACAAAAAAUCACUUUGAAAUAAUUUAUUUCUAUGACUUUUCUUUAAAGAAAAUGUUGUUGAUAGGUGCUGUUGAGUUGGUGCCAACUCAUAGCAACCUUACGCACAAUAGAACGAAACACUGGCCUGUCCUGUGCCGUCCUCACAGUCUUCGCUAUGCUGGAGCCCAUCAUUUAAAGAAAAUAGGCAUACCAAUUUCAGUUGACUCCAUUAUAGAAAGCAGUUGUCCUGGGAUAUAGCUAGCUGACGUACCUAUUACUUGACUUGACAUGGUGUAACUAAUUAAUUGGUGCUUAGUGAACUGUGAUCAUCUUUAAUCAAAAAAGACAUUUGCUGAGCUGUAUCUCUAAGGCUUCAUGUGGAAGAUUACUGAACCACAGUAGCAUUCUCUGACUUCCUUUAGCCCAUAGAAGUAUCCGUUAAGUAGAAGGUAGAAGAUGCCACUGGAAGUAAAGUUGACUUUUUUUUUAAAAACAGUAUGGCUUUUCGAAAUGUCAACUAAGCAAUUACUUGGCUUUUUGGUAUAUUUUCCCUGCCCAUUCUGGCCACAGAGUAGAUACUCAGGUACUUUAUGUGAUACAUGUCUUUGCUAAAGUUGGGUUGUGCUAAGUUUUUACUCCAUGCUUAUUUUGUUUGCUAUUCAACAUAUAAAAAAAGCAACCACAAAGACCACUGCCAUUGAGUCGAUUCCGACUUGCAGCAAAUAGGAAGUAACCGCUAGAGUGUAUACUUACUCUUAAAUUUUGUUAGUACAUUCAGUUGCUUAAACUUUAUAAAUAAGCAUAAACUACAAUGUUUUUACUGAACAUUCUAAUCAAAUUUCAGUAGAUGCAUUUAAAUAUAGUUUUUGUAUUGAGGCACCAUGGCAAUACAAAUGAAAAACACGACCAAGUCUUUAUUCUCAAAAGAUAGAGUACAUGAAUUCUUCACUAAUCGUUAUGUUGUAAUGGAUUUUUCAAGAACUUACGGGGCUAAUGAGAUCUGUUUUCUCUUGUCCACUGUAUAACUCGUCUUCCUGACCUCUACCUGCAGAUAAGAAUACUGCUAGCAUGCCCGUGGUAAUGCGGAGGCUGAGAGAUCCUGACAUAAAUCCUUGCUUGUCGGAAUCUGAUGCUUCUACCAGAUGUAUGGAUGAAAAUAACUAUGACAGGGAAAGGUGUUCCACUUACUUCUUGAAGUACAAAAACUGCCGGAAAUUCUGGAAUUCUGUCAUGGUCCAGAGAAGACAGAGUGGAGUGAAGCCACCUAUGCCUACAGCAGCAGAAAGAGAUGAAAUCUUGGGAGCACUGGGAAAAAUGCCCUAUUGAAUGUUUGCAUUAAAAUUGUUUAUAUGACUUAGAAAAUGAUGAAUAUUUUUAGUAAGUGGUUACGGUGAUCUUUUAAGAUCUCACAGGCCUUACCCAGAUAGUGCUUAAGUUCUACAAGGGGAGACAAAGUGUUAGCACUAUGUCCUUUGUAUUUGCUGUCAGUACUGUGGGAAUGGUAUGCCACUGCUGGCUGUUUUGUGGCACUGGGUUUAUGUUACUUCCUGAGGGUACCUUAGUGUUAGGAAAGGUUACAUGAGGAAUUGAGCUUGUCUGCUGAGUCUUGAAAGAAAAGUAAGAUUUGGACAAAGACUUAAUGGGGGCUGGUGGGGGGCAGUGUUUACGAAGAAGGGAAUGUGAGGAACAACAUGAUGGAAGGAAACCUUGAACCCAAGUUUAGAAAAUAAUCUGUAGAUAAUACAAACUUAGAGAUUGAGGUAAGUGGAAGAGUGGUGGAAGAGAAGACAUGAAAGGUUAAGUUGGAGGUAGCGUGUGGUGGGCCUUGAAUCCCAGGCUCGUUCCAAAACCUCUAGCCUUCAGAGAACUGAUUUUCACUUACCUUUAUUUAAAUAUGGUUAGUAUAUUGGCUGGGAAGGGAAGCAAGGGGACAGGAAAAUUGUUUUAAAUAAAUGGCAUGCAUAACUGGCUUAUUUUCUCUCUUUAAGGAAAAGCUUAAAGGAUUCCAUAACUAAAAUUUAUGAAACACUGGGUAAUUUUCUGAAGCUGCAGCUUCAGUUACUGAACCAUGGUAAUGGGGAAAAAAAGUAAAUUCAUUAAAAGUAGGAUUUCUAUUUCAGGAUGAAGUGGGGCAUAGAAAGGAAGGGUAUGAGGAUUCAUCAGGUAAACUCAACACUAGGAGACUAGAGCUUAAUUCCAUUUUCUGAUAAUAUACUAAAACAGGAAUAUUCCACAUGGGGACUGGAGUAGAUCUUGUAGCAGUUCCCCUUAUAUCAACCGCUUUUUUAAUUCAGAUUGUUUCAUUUACAAAAUAAUUUUGUAAAAAUAUUUAAUAAAAUUUAACAUACUAGAUUAUCAAUGAAAACAAAUUGCUUGUUGUGUCCCUCCUCAGAUGAGAAGUUCUUGCUGUCCCUGGAUCAAGCACAUUAUUUUAACAGCUGCUCACAACGAACUAGCCAUCUUGUUGGUCUAAGUCCAAAACCCAGCUCAGAUAUUUUAAAGCCAUAUGAUUGUUAAAUGUAAUUCAUAUGCUAUAUAAAUCACCUACUUAAACUGUACAAUUUUUUUUAUGUAGUCACAGAAUACAGCCAUCACCACAGUCGAUUUUAGAACAUUUUCAUCACCCUAAAAAGAAACUAUACCCAUUAGCAGUCACUCCCCAUUUUCCCCUAAUUAACCCCAUCUCUUAGGCAACCACUGAUCUUUCUGUCUAGUCUGGUCAUUUAUAUAAAUGGGAUUAUAGAAUAUGUAGUCUUUGUGACUGGCUUGUUUCACUUCGUGUAAUCUUUUCAAGAUCCAUGUUUCAAGAUUCAUCAGUAUUUAAUUCCUUUUUAUUGUUGAAUAACAUUCCAUUGUAUGAAUAUACCACAUUUUCUUUAUCAGUCGAUGGAUAUUUAAGUUGUUACCACUUUUUCCCUAUUAUAAAUAAUGCAACUUCUUGAACAUUUGUGCGCAGUUUAUUGUGUGGGCAUUCUUUUUGGAUAUAUAAGUAGUAGUAGAAUUGUUGGGUUGUAUGGUAACUAUGUUUAACUUUUUGAGGAACUGCCAAACUGCUUUCCAAAGUGGCUAUACCAUUUUAUAAUCCCAUCAGCAGUGUAUGGAGAUUCCAAUUUCUCCACAUGCUUACCAACACUUGUUAUUGUCUGUCUUUGAUUAUAGCCGUCCUGGUUGGUGUAAUGUGAGCUGGUAUCAUUGUGGUUUUGAUUUGCAUUUCCUUCAUGUCUGAUGAUGAGCAUCUUUUCAUGUGCGCAUUGGCUGUUGUAUAGCAUCUUUGGAGAAAUGUCUGUUUAGGUCCUUUGCCCAUUUUUAUGAAUUGGAUUAGUUGUCUUUUUAUUUCUGAGUUAUAAGAGUUCUUGAUAAAUACACUAGAUACAUAUCCCUUAUUAUAUGAUUUGCUAAAUUUUUUCCAUUACAUGGAUUAUAUCUUCACUUUCUUAAUGGUGUCCUUUAAAACAAAGUUUUUAAUUUGGUGAAGUCCAGUUUAUCUGCUUUUGUUUUGUUGCUUUUGGUGUUACAUGAUUAGGGACAGCAUGAAUCCAAUCCCCAAAAUGUGGAGAUUGAUCCAGUCCUUUCCCACUUCUGUAUUCUCUUCACAAGCCACGCCCAUGUCACUAUUUGAUCCUAGCCACCCAGACCUAGGUCAGAGAUGACAAGUUAAAAGGACUCCAUCCUUCAGACUGCUAAAGAGGUGGAUGCCAGCCACAAGCUUGGGAGUCCACAUGACACCCUUACUUUCUGACCUGCUGGCUCCUUCUGCCCCUUUGGGUUUGAUCGUUCACUGAAACAAUUCACGGAGUUCAUGCUUACAACUGUAGCCAGGAAGGAUAUAUACCAAGAGACACAUGAUAGGUUAAAUCAUGCCUCCUGAGACUAGCUGAUAUCAGCUUCCCAGGUGAGUAUUUUCUGGUCUGAUUAGCCCUCACUAGCCAGCACACAUUCUCAGGUGUGUCCUGGAAGUCUCAGACCAAGGCAUCCCAAUUGCUCUAAGGACAACGACCACCUUUUUUAGCAUAAAACUAGGUUCUUUACCCCACAGAUACCAUAUCUAAGAAACCAUUGUGUAAUCGAAGGUCAUGAAGAUUUACACCUAUGUUUUAUUCUUGGAGUUGAAUAGUUCUUACAUUUAGGUCUUUGGUCCAUUUUGAGUUGGUUUUUAUAUAUAGUGGGAGAUAAGAUGCCAACUUCAUUCUUUUGCAUGUGGCUAUCCAGUUGUCCUAGCACCAUUUAUUGAAAAAAGACUUUCUUUCCCCAUUGAAUUGUCUUGGCACCCUUGUUGUAAAUCAAUUGACUAUAAAUGUGAGAGUAUUUCUGGACUGAAUUCUAUUCCAUUGAUCUACAUGUCUGUCCUUAAAACGCCAGCACCGGAAUGUCUUGAUUACUAUAGCUUUGUAGUGAUUGCAUAACUCUUUGAUGAGUGUUUUCUAUAAAUAUGUUUUCUGUGAAGUGCCUUUGAUGACAAACUAAUUAACUGUUUUGGGAUUUUUGAUCAACAAACCCUUAACAUAUGUUUUUAUCUAAUUAUAUAUAGCUCCAUCCAGGUAAAACUGUUCAAUUCCAAAUUUGUCCUCACUAGUUCCCUAAGUUGUUUGCUUCUUUAUGCCUACCCUGAUAAUUUCAGUACACUUUUCUUGUAACCUGGUUGUUCAAGAUCUCACUGCAUCACUCUUGAGGGACAGAAGAGCACAGGGAUUUUCUUCAUCACCACUGUUAAAUUUGCCACUAUUGUAUUUCUCUCUCUAAGAUUCUAGUUUGGGAAAUGUGAAGCUAAGUAACUUUAUAAAUUAAUUGUGUUAGGAUGGUAGUGAGUGCCAUGAUAAAUUUUGGAGUCAGGUAACCCUUUGGUAUCAACCAUCAACUGACCAGCUAUGUAGAAGGUGACCAUUUUAUUGUGUUCAUACACAGCACACUCUUGUAGGAAGCAUCUUAUUACAGAGGAGUCUCAUCCCAACCAGAUGUGGAAAGGUGGUGCACCGUGUCUGUAACAAGUAAAAGCAACCCAUUUGAGAAUCAUUUUACCUGUUUGUAAGCUCCUGGGGAACGUGCACUGUCAUUCAUGGUUAUAUCCACAAUGCCUGGUGUGCUUCUAGUAUGUAAUAAACAAUCAACAAUUGUGUGUGUUUAGGGAAGAAAUCGUUUUUAAAACUGAACACUUUAAAAACAUGGAGGUUCAAACAAUGUAAAGGGAUAUAUAAUUUACAAUAAAUUUGCCCUAGAAGCAGCCAAUGUAGGGUUUUCAAAAUUUUCCACCUAUAUAUAUCUGUGUUUUGUACAAAAGAAACCCCAUAGUACAGGAUUUGUAGGGUAGCUUGCAUUUUUCACUUAAUAUAGUUUGGGUAAUUGUCUAUCAGCAGUCAUAGAUUUACUCCAUUUCGUCAGUGGAUGUAAUUUUCUAUUGUAUGGUCAUAUGGUCAUUUAACCCAUCUCCUAUUGAUGAGUAUGCUAUUACAACCAAGGUUGCGAUAAGCAUUCGUACGUGGGUCUUUGCCCAUGCAUAUUUUUGUCUAUAUGAUAAAUUUCUAACGAUGGAAUUUCCAGGUUCAGAGUUUCUGCGUUUUAAAUUUUAUAAGUAUUGUCAAAUCGUCCUCCAAAGAGGAGCUCACCAAUGCGUACUCCCAUAAACAAAGCUGAGUGUUUUCUUUGCUCACACUCUCAGUCCUGCUGCAUACUUUAAAACUCUU